AUGCGGUGCCUGAACAUGAUCAUGGCAGAACCACCGGGCCUCAUCACCAUCUGCCUUUUAGGAUAUCUACUCGGUGCUGACUGUACAGUUUUUCUUGAUCAUGAAGAUGCCACGAAAGUUCUGAGCCGGCCCAAGAGGUAUAAUUCAGGCAAACUGGAAGAGUUUGUUCAAGGGAACCUUGAGAGAGAAUGUAUGGAAGAAAAGUGUAGCUUUGAAGAAGCACGAGAAGUUUUUGAAAACACUGAAAAAACCACUGAAUUUUGGAAGCAGUAUGUUGAUGGAGAUCAAUGUGAGUCCAAUCCCUGUUUGAAUGGCGGCAUAUGCAAGGAUGACAUUAAUUCCUAUGAAUGCUGGUGUCAGACUGGAUUUGAAGGGAAGAACUGUGAGUUAGAUGUGACGUGCAACAUUAAGAAUGGCAGGUGCAAGCAGUUUUGUAAAUUGGAUGCUGAUAACAAGGUGGUUUGUUCCUGUACUACCGGAUACCAACUUGCGGAGGACCAAAAGUCCUGUGAACCAGCAGUGCCAUUUCCAUGCGGAAGAGUUUCUGUCCCACACAUUUCUACGACGCACACCCGCGCUGAAACUCUUUUUCUCAAUAUGGACUAUGAAAAUUCCACUACGGACUAUGAAAACUCCGCUGAAGCUGAAAAAAAUGUGGAUAACGUCACCCAACCAUUGAACGACUUGACUCGAAUUGUUGGUGGAAAAACCGCCAAACCAGGUCAAUUCCCUUGGCAGGUCCUUUUGAAAGGGAAAAUUGAUGCGUUCUGUGGAGGCUCCAUCAUCAAUGAAAAAUGGGUGGUGACUGCAGCCCACUGUAUUAAUCCGGAUGUUGAAAUUACUGUCGUUGCAGGUGAACAUAACACCGAGGAGACGGAACAUACAGAGCAAAAGCGAAACGUGAUUCGCACUAUUCUUCACCACAGCUACAAUGCAUCUGUUAAUAAGUACAGCCAUGACAUUGCCCUUCUGGAACUGGACGAGCCCUUAACGCUAAACAGCUACGUAACACCUAUUUGCGUUGCCGACAGGGAAUACACGAACACCUUCCUCAAAUUUGGAUAUGGCUACGUGAGUGGCUGGGGGAAAGUCUUCAACAAAGGGCGACCGGCUACAAUUCUUCAGUACCUUAAAGUCCCCCUUGUUGACCGAGCCACAUGCCUUAGGUCCACCAAGUUCACCAUCUAUAAUAACAUGUUCUGUGCUGGCUUCCAUGAGGGAGGUAAAGAUUCAUGCCAGGGAGAUAGCGGGGGACCCCAUGUUACCGAAGUGGAAGGCAUUAAUUUCUUAACUGGAAUUAUUAGCUGGGGUGAAGAGUGUGCAAUGAAAGGAAAAUAUGGAAUAUAUACCAAGGUGUCCCGGUAUGUCAACUGGAUUAAAGAAAAGACAAAACUCACUUAA